AUGGCCUGUCAGUCGCAGGGCAUCCAGCAGCUGCUGCAGGCGGAGAAGCGAGCCGCCGAGAAGGUGGCCGAGGCCCGCAAGCGAAAGAACCGAAGGCUGAAGCAGGCCAAAGAAGAAGCUCAGGCUGAAAUUGAACAGUACCGCCUGCAGAGGGAGAAAGAGUUCAAGGCCAAGGAAGCGGCUGCUCUGGGAUCCCACGGCAGUUGGAGCAUCGAAGUGGAGAAGGAGACCCAGGAGAAGAUGACUGUCCUCCAGACCUACUUCCAGCAGAAUAGGGAAGAAGUUCUAAAUAACCUUCUGGCCUUCGUCUGCGACAUCCAGCCGGAAAUCCAUGAAAACUACCGCAUAAAUGGAUAGGGAGGAAGAAACUGUUCGAUGGACUGGCAGUUUAGAUGCCCUCAUAUGGAAAAUGAAGCUUUAGCAAAGCUAGAGUUGAAUCCUUGUGAAAAGGCAUUAAAUUAUUUCUCUAUAUUAUAUAGUGGGUCCUUUCAUUUUUGGGGAGUCCUAGUGGCACAGUGGUU